AAAUAAGUCACUUACACGUCUUUGUCUUCGUAUAGGCGGCAUUGACAGGUUUGGCGUUAAUGUUGCUCGUAACCAGUUCGAUAGAGCAACAAAAUGUUUCGUUAUUUCCAUCUCCCUCUCAUUCGAUUUUGCUGCCCAACAUGUCUACGACCAGCAAAGAUUCAAUUUUAAUGGCAAACAAAACUAUGCAAACAGGUCAGUACUCGGCAGUGUCCACUGCCGUCAGUAUGUAUCACAAAUACAAAGCCGAGCAUAAACUAGAUAUAUUUGUUGGCUUCACACUAGAAGCGAAGUUAGUUUCAAGUAAGCACUUGAUUCAAGUGCACUUUGAAAUCUUAAGUCUCUCUGUUGGAAACAUGGCUUCACACUUGUUGACACUUGUUGAGUAGAUUACUUGAAGUAAAAGCUGUCAAUCUCUCCGUUCAUUAGAAUCUUGGGACCGCUGCACGUGCACAUCAGUAGUUAGUAAAUGUUGCCAUCCUACUCACUCACUUUUAUUUCUACCUCAUCUCGCAACAUCGCUCUCUUGUUCACUCAUUUCACAAAACUCAUUCGUUAAUCUCACUUCAUUCAGUUCAUUCAGUUCGUUUAACUCAUUCGUAUUGUUCCAUUCGUUCUCAAGUAGUCGCUCACAUUGCUCGAAGAUCUAGAAAUAAAAGUGAGUGAGUAGGAUGUCAACAUUUACUAACUACUACUAAAUAAAGUAGUGAUAGUGAUAGUGAUAUUGAAGCAGAAAAAUAAAAUUGAAUUAAAGAAAAAAAUAAUAUAGAAUUAGUAAUUAUGAAAGCUGGUGUUACAACGAGUUUUAUUAACUUACCUCUAACAGAAUUAAUCGGUGGAUUGACGGGAAAAAAAAGUAAAAUUCCCAUAUAUGCUUCCGAUUUCAAAAGAGAGUAUCUUUUCGUAAGAGGCUUAAAUACGUAUUUUAAGUGUUUUUCAAAAAAACUAGAUUGUAUUCAUCAUGGUUUAUUUGAAAGUAACAUUUCUAAUACAAUUAAGAAGUAUAUGAAAAGAUUUCUCAGAGCACAAGAAAAAGGUAAGUUUACUAAUAUGAAUAAACUUAAAAUUCCAAGUUAUGAUAUUGAUAUUAUUCGUGAUAUCAUAUUUAUUGAUGAACAGUUUGAAUGUUAUAAAAGUCGUUGUAUAUGUGAAAUUAGUGAUGAUGAUAGUGAUACUGAUGAUGAGAAUGGUGGUUAUGGUGAUUAUGAUGGUUAUGAUGAUUGGGGUGCGUCUUUAGUUGAUAGUCAAUUGUUUCCUGGUUUUAAAGAAUUUUAUAAUAUUUUUACAAAGAUUUUUGAUCAAUUAAACUAUAAUAGUUACGAUUGUGAAAGUGAAAGUGAAAGUUAUAGUGAUAUUGAAUGAGAAAAAUAUUUCUAAACUUAUAACAUUUUAUGUUACAAGUUUUUUGUAAAUAGUGAUAUUGAAUCAGAAAAUAAAAUUGAAUUAAAGAAAUAAAAAAAUAAAAUAAUAAUAUAGUAAGUUAUGUCUCAACAAAUUUUUACCGAUAAACAACUUCAGAGUUUGUCUUUGGACGAAUUAAAAAAGAUUGUAUCACAAGAAAAAAAAGAUCUUAGGAAAGAUUAUAAGGAAUUACAAAAAAAGAGAAGAUUGAUUGAAAAAUAUAGAAAAUUGACAGAGUUUAGAGAAAAAGUUAAACAAGGAAAAGUUGAUACAAAACCCAAAGUUGAUACAAAACCCAAAGUUGAUACAAAACCCAAAGUUGAUAAGAAACCCAAAGUUGAUAAAAAACCUCAUUCUAAAAGGAUAAAAUCAUUUGAGGAUUAUUUUGAGGAAUGUAUAAAAAAUAAAAAAAUUCCUAAAGAUACUCCGUACUAUUUACGAAAAGCUCUUGAGAGAGCUAUAAAUGAGCAUGAACAAGGAAUUGAAAUUGAAAAAUCAGCUCUAAACGAAUUUGCUAAAAAAUAUAUUAUAAAGGGGAAACCAGAUAUUUUACCUUAUCAGUUCUUUAUAAAUAAAAAACAUAUUAUUAAAAAAUUUCUUAGAAAUCAUCGUAAUACUAAAGUAAGGUUUAUUUUAGUUUGUAUUAUGGAAAAAAAGGAAAGGGAAAAAGAUAGUAGUUUAACUUUUAAAGUUCAAGAUAAAGCAUAUUUUAAUUCUAGUACUUUUAAUAAUUUUAUAUCAUCUGAUGUAAAAGAUAUAUUAAAAAAAAGUAUGAUACAAAUUGAUGAAAAAUUAACUAUUUAUCAAGCAAAUGGAAGUGGGUGGUAUUUUAAAGAAAUUAUUCAACUAGAAAUUCAUACAACUCAAUUAAAACCAAUAAAGGGUUCUUCUUAUAUUCCUCUUCCAGAUUGGAUUAUGAGAAAAAAAGCAAUUGUUAGUAUUCGAAAUAAAGAUGAUAAAUGUUUUAUUUGGUCAGUACUUCGUUAUCUUCAUCCAAGAGAAAAGAAUGAUUGUCGUUUGUCAGAUUUAAAAAAGUAUGAGAGUGAUCUUAUCACUAAAGGAAUUACAUUUCCAAUGAAAGUAAAAGAUAUUAACAAAUUUGAAAAACUUAAUCCAAAUCUUCCAGGAAUAAAUGUUUUUUCAAAUGAUGGACAGACUAUUUAUCCUUUGAGAAUGAAUGAGAAAGAUUGUAAAAAUACUAUUGAUUUAUUUUUGUAUGAAGAAGAUGGUAAAUUUCAUUAUUCAUUAAUUAAAAACUUUUCCCGCCUUGUACGUAGUCAAAUUACUUCAAGAACAUAUGAACCAAUACAAAUUUGUAAGAGAUGUCUUUGUCAUUUUACAAAACCAGGAUUAUUAGAUAAACACAUCAAAUAUUGUUCUAGUAAUAAAACAGCAUUUGUAAAAAUGCCAGAAAAAAACAAAACUUUACAUUUUACUAAUUAUGAUAGACAACUUCCUAUUCCUUUUGUUGUAUAUGCAGAUUUUGAAUGUUUUACUAAACCAAUGAAUAGCUGUUCCCCCAAUCCUAAAGAUUCUUAUAACUAUAACUAUCAAAAACACGAACCAUCAGGAUUUUGUUUUUAUACAAAGGGUAUUGUUAAUAAAAGAAUUAAACCAAUCAUUUAUACAAAAAAAUCAGAUGAUGAAGAUAUUGCUAAAAUAUUUGUAGAAAAACUUACAGAAAUGACUAAAGGGAUAUAUGAAGAUUUUUAUCGUAAACCAAAACCUUUAGUAAUGAGUGAAAAAUCAAAUAAAGAUUUUAAUAAUGCUGUUAAUUGUCAUAUUUGUGGUGGUGAAUUAGAUAAAGAUAGAGUUAGAGAUCAUUGUCAUUUUACAGGUAAGUACCGUGGUGCAGCACAUAACAAAUGUAAUCUUAUGUGUAAAAAACCAAGAAUACUACCAGUUAUAUUUCACAAUCUUCAGGGUUAUGAUGCUCAUCUAUUUAUCAAACAACUUGCUAAAAUAGAUGGUGAUCUUAGUUGUAUUCCAUCUACUGAAGAAAAAUAUCUUUCAUUUUCUAAAUCUAUUAAAGUUGGAGAGUAUAAAGAUAUUCAUGGUGAUAUUAAAGCAAUAAAAUUUGAAAUCAGAUUUGUUGACUCAUUUAAGUUUCUUCAAACAUCACUAGCCAAUCUUGUUUCAAAUUUAAACCAAGAUGAUUUUCAUAUUACAAAACAUGCGUUUAAGCAUAAUACUUCAUUACUAACUCGUAAAGGAGUUUAUCCUUAUGAUUAUGUAUCAUCAAUUGAAAAACUAUCAGAAACACAUCUUCCACCAAAACAGGGGUUCUAUUCAAAACUAUAUGAUGAAGAUAUAAGUGAUGAAGAUUAUCAACAUGCGAUUAAAGUCUGGAAUACAUUUGGGUGUAAAACAAUAAGAGACUAUCACGAUCUUUACCUAAAAUCUGAUGUAAUGCUUUUGGCAGAUGUGUUUGAAAACUUUAGGAAAACUUGUCUUAAACAUUACAAGUUAGAUCCAGCUCAUUACUUCACAUCUCCAGGACUAGCUUGGGAUGCAUGUCUAAAAACAACAGGACAACGUUUAGAGUUAUUACAUGACUAUGAUAUGUUAAUGAUGAUUGAGCGUGGUAUUCGUGGAGGAAUAACACAUAUAUCAAAAAGGUAUGCAGAAGCAAAUAAUAAAUAUAUGGAAAAUUAUAAUCCUGAAAAGAAAUCAUCAUUUAUACAAUAUUUGGACGCAAACAAUCUUUAUGGUUGGGCUAUGUCUCAGAAUUUACCAACACAUGGUUUUAAAAUGAUGAAUAAUAUUACAAAAGAAAAGGUAAUGGAAAUUUUAGAAAAAACAAAUGAUAGUAUGGCAAAUACUGGUAAGAAGGGAUAUAUUUUUGAAGUUGAUUUGGAGUAUCCACCAGAUUUAUGGGAUCUUCAUAAUGACUAUCCUCUUGCACCUGAAUUAAUGAAGGUUAAUGGAGUUGAAAAACUAAUAUGUCAUUUUAAACCAAGAAAAAAUUAUGUUAUUCAUUACAGAGCUCUUAGACAAUGUCUUGAGUUGGGUAUGAAGAUUACUGCUGUUCACAGAGGAAUAUCAUUUUAUCAGUGUCCUUGGAUGGAACCAUAUAUAAGAAAAAAUACAGAACUUCGAAAAUGUGCUGCAAACAAUUUUGAGAAAGACUUUUUUAAACUAAUGAACAAUUCAGUUUUUGGUAAAACAAUAGAAAAUAUUAGAAAGCGUCAAAAUAUAGUACUUGUUGAUGAUCGUAAAAAAGCAUUAAAACUAUCAAGUCGUCCAAACUUUGAUAGAUGUACAAUAUUUGAUCGAAAUCUUAUUGCUAUUCAUAUGAAAAGGACAGAAGUGUAUUUUAAUAAACCAGUAUAUGUUGGUCAAGCAAUUUUAGACUUAUCAAAAACUCUAAUGUUUGAUUUUCAUUAUAAUUAUAUCAAAGAUAAAUAUGGAAAAAAAGCUGAAUUGUUGUUUACAGAUACUGACAGUCUAAUGUAUCAGAUUAAAACAAAAGAUUUUUAUGAAGAUAUAUGUUAUGAUAUAAAAAAUAAAUUUGAUACUAGCGAUUAUCCAUCAGAUCAUCCUUCUGGAAUAACUACAGGAGUUAACAAAAAAGUGAUUGGUAUGUUUAAGGAUGAAGCAUCAGGAAAACAGAUAACUCAUUUUGUUGGAUUAAGGCCUAAACUAUACAGCUAUAAAGUUGAGGGUGAAAAAGAAUUAAAGAAGUGUAAAGGAAUAAAAAAAAAUGUGGUAAAAAAGUCAUUAAUAUUUGAUGAUUAUGUUAGAUGUUUAUUUUCUGGUGAAAAAGAAAUGAGAAAGAUGAAAAUAAUAAGAAGUGAAAAUCAUGAUCUGUAUUCAAAAGAGGUUAACAAAGUAGCUCUAAGUAAUCAAGAUGAUAAGAGAUAUGUGUUAAAUGACCAAAUACAUACUCUAGCUAUUAGAGAAAAAUAUUAGAUUUAAGAUAUAAUAAGUAUAAAUAAUAAAUGUCAUAUACAGAAGAAGAAAUAAAAAAUAUCUCAAUAUUUUACAUAAUUAUAAAGUAGAAGAAAGUGAGGGGGUUAAAAAGACAAAAGUAGCUUCAUGUUUAGGCUGUAAAAAUACAGAAUCUUUUUUCAUUGAUUUUGGUCAAAAAAUAUGUUACAAUUGUGGAACAGUAAACGGACAUGUAUUAGGAUUUUAUGAUGUGAAAGAUUAUGAUAGGGUACAUUAUAGAAAAAAGAGUAUUUAUCAUAGGAAGUAUUACUACGAUAAAAAGGUUAAUAAGAUUUCUAAACUAAUAAAUCUUACUUAUGAACAAAAAUGUGAACUUUACAACAGACUAUUAAAAAUAGAUAAUUACAUUAUGGAAAAAAUUAACAAACAAUAUUUUAGAAAGAGAAUUAUAAAUAUUACUUAUGUAAUAAAAAAAAUUUUGGAUGAAAUGGGGUGUGAAAAGUAUAUAAGUUUAGAGCUUAAAAUAAGCCCUAAAACUUUAGAGAUUUAUGAUAGUUGGUGGGAAACUUAUAAUGAACUGUUAAAAUAAUUUUAUAUUAUAACUUUAAUAUAAAAUUUUAUUCUUAUAUAUAAUCAUUGUAUAAAUAAUAAACAGAGAAAAAAUAUAUAAAAGCUUUUUUUUCAACAUAUAAAUCUUCAUUUAUUUCAAAUUCUAGUUUCAUUCUUUCUAAAACAUAAUAUAUAAUUUCAAUAUCAAGACUUUCAUCUUCAAUUUUAGAUAACAUUUCUUUUUGAAUACUAUCAUAUUUACUUUUGUCGUUUAAAUCUUUAUUAAAAUCUUCAUAUUGCUUUUCACUGUAUUUAAACGUAUCAAUUCCAUGAAUCAUUUUUAAGUGUUUAAUAACAAUAUUUUCUUCUAGUCUCUCUUUUUCUACUUUCAUUUCUUCAAAAGUUGAUAGUAUAUAAUCGUCUUUUAAAAAUUUAUAAACUGAUUUCAUUGUUUUUCUUCCAAAAUUUAAAAUAUCAGAUUUUCUAAUAACCAUAUAUGCCAUUUUUAUUUAUAUUAUUAUAUUAUUCCUUUAUGAAAAAUCCAGUAUAAUAUUCCAGUUAGAUAACCAAGUACUUCACUUUUAAAUGGUGAAUCAAAUACGUAUACACAUCCUCUACCUCGAUUGUAAAGUUUAUAGAAAGAUUUAAAAGCUCUAUGGAAUAUUAAAUGAUUACGUAAUAUUUUACUUUCAGUAUUAAUAGGUAAACCUUCUAACUUAUAGAUAAUUUUUUCUAAUGAAAUAUUUUUUUUAAAAGUAGUCUCAUAUAAGUGUCUAAAUAUUAAUGCUGAUUUUAUCUCAUCUUCUGAAUAAAUAGUAUUUUUGAAAGGAGGGGGGUAGUAAAAGUUAACGUAAUGAACUAUUGUUUUUAUCAUUUUAUUAAUCACAUAUAUUAAAUUUAUUAUUAUAUUUAAUCUCAAAUCUAUCUGGUUCAGGAGAUUGAUCAAUUAUCAUAUCAUCUAUUAGUUUCAUUCUAUCUAUGAAUUUUUGUUUAUCCCAGUCAUUUCCUCUAAGUACAGCUCGAAGUUCAACAAGAACUUUUUCAUAAGUAGUGUAUGCAAUUUUUGUCAUCUCAAUUUUCUUUUUAUAAUUAUUUUUUUUUGCAACUCCUGUCAAAAUAAUUCCAGCACCAUUUAUUACUCCUAGAAUAACAGGAUUAAGUGUAAUUCCACCAGUAAUAGUUCCUAUUGAGACUAAACAUAUACUAGAUAUUGUAAAAAAAUUAUCAAGAAAUUUAUAACUUUUAUAAGACCUCUUAAAACACCAAUAUUUUUUAUGGUAGUAACUGUAAAAAUCUUUUAGUGUUUUAAUACCUGAUUUUGAUAGAGAUGGGUCUAUGUGAUUAAAAUCAAAGAUAUCCUUCAUUUUAUUAUUUUAUAUAUAUAAUCUUAGUUUAGUCUAUAAUACAUAAUUUCCGUUUAUCUUUUCUUGUAGUAAUAUUUGAUGAUGUACUGAAGAGUUAAUGUCGUAAAAGUUUGGAGAGUACAUAAGUUUUUCUAUCACUGAAUCUUUACAUAAAAAUUCAAAUUCAAGGUUAGCUGAAGUUCUUACAAUAUUAGCGACUAAGUCUGCGGAAUAGUUACUUAUAUUAACUUUUGUAAUAUUAUCAUUAAUACUUUCUGUUAACCAUAAAACUAUUUUUUUCCACUAAAACUACCUGGUAUUGCUAAAUUUUUUCUUACAUUACCAAUAGUUAUGUUUAGUGAACGAUUUACAUAUAAAUAUAAUAAAAAUAAAAGUUGUUGUCUUGAAUUUGCAUUAGUUACAUCAUAUUUAGUUAUAUGAAAAUUUUUACUUUUAAAAUGAGAAAAAACAAUACAUAAAGUGUAACUUGUAUUUUUAAUUGGUGGUUUAAAAGAAAUCUUAUAAUCAUUUAUUCUUAAUCCAGUUUCUUUUAUGUUAUCCAUUGUUUUACUUUGAAAUGUAAUAUUUUGUGCAGAAUUUCCUGUAAUAGAGGACAAAGCAUUAAAUACAACACCAAUUGAACUUUUAUUUAGAACAUAAUUGUUUGAAUCGCUAAAGUCAAAAAAAUGAUCAAAAUAUUUUCUAUAAACAUAAUUUUUUAUAAAAGGUAAAUUUUUAUUUACAAUUCCAACUGUUGCUGUAUUAAUUUCAUUUACCAUUCCAACUGUUGCUGCACUAUUAUUAUUAUUUUUAUCAAGAUUAAUGUUUAAUAUUUUUUUAUUAUUUGUAUUUAUGUCAACAUUGAAUGUAACUUCUGUUGGUUUGAUAUCAAAUGCUGUGUGAUAGUCAUAAACUUUAUCUGGGUCGAUAUUGCUUACUUUACCCACAAUACCAUAAGUAACAAAAUAAACUCCUGAAAACUGUCUUGGAUAAACAGACAGGUCAGUUCCUUCUUGUGGUAUAUUAACAAGAAAAUGAAGAAAGAACCUAUUACCAGUUGACAACUUUUUAAAAUUAACUAUUAUUCUAUGGUAAUACAUAUAUUGUGUUUGAUUUGUUGCAUCUGUAUAUCUAUGACUAAGUUUUUUUACACUUACAUUUUCAAUUGAUAAUCCUGUUGAAGUUCCUUUGUCUACACUUAUUUGAGAUUUAUGCCAAAGUUGAUAGUCAGUGUUUAGUAUUUCCAAACAUAGUGUGUAAUCAACAUUAGCGGUUAAUCUGUAAAAGUUAACUGACAUUUUGUACUUAUAUCCACCUUGAGAAUUUUUGUUUAUUUUUACAUAAAUUACUUUGUGGUUAUAGUUAUGAAAAUUACCUUUUGAAGGAGGUAAGUCUGCUAUUUUUGAUAUAACAAAACUAGUUCCAGUAUCUAUUUCAUCAGUCCAUUGUGCUGCAUUAGACAUAAGAAAAGUAAAUUGAUCGUUGUAAUGACUUGGUUGAACUGCAGUGUGAUGAAUUAGUUUGUCAGCGUAAUCUUUAUUUACAGCAUCAUUGUCUUGGGUUGGAUUACUUAAACUAAUAAUUUUUUUAUUGUUCAUAUUUAAGUUUCCUCUCAUAUAAUCCGUUCCAUCUUUUUUAAAAUAACCUGUUGUAAAUCCUUUAUCAUCCACAUACUUUUUGGUUGCAGCAUCUGUAUCAUUAAAAGGUGGUCUUAGACCAAUUAUAGGUUUAUUAUUCAUGUUAAGUGAGUUUAACAUUUUAUUUGUUCCACCAACAUGUAGAUACUUUAUAUCUGUAAAGGCUAAUGGUGUUGGUUGUUUAGGACCCAUUGGAAUUGGUAGGUUUAAAAUUCUAUGAUUAUCCAUGUUAAGAUUACCUUUCAUUGGAUAAGAUCCAUCUCUAUCAAGAAAUGUAUUGUCUACAUAUUCUUUUGUAGGAGGUUCUUUUGCAUCCAGUGGUGUGCUUAGAUUUUUAAUUCGGUAUGUAUUUUUCAUAUCAAUGUUUGAAUCAAUUGUUAGGUUUGAUGUCGAGGUGGGUUUAUCAUCCACAUACUUUUUGUUUGCUGCGUCAUUAUUAGCUGUUGGUUUACCAACAUUAGUUAUUUUAUUAUUAUUCAUACUUAAAUUGCCAAUCAUUGUUCGUGAACCAUCUCUGUUAAGAAAAUUACUGUCUGCAUAUUGUUUUGUUGCUGGCUCAUCUGCAUCAUUUGGAUGUUUAAGGUUUAAAAUACGAAAUCUAUCUUUCAUAUCAAUGUUUGAAUCAACUGUUAAUCUUGAUGUUUUGGGUGCCCCGCUAGAAUUAUCAUCAACAUACUUUUUUGUAGCAGCAUCAGUAUUAGCAGUUGGUGAACCAACAUUUCUUAUUUUUUUAUUUAUCAUAUCAUAAUCACCAUCAGAAGUAAGAUUAAAUCCAACUCCUGGUGCUCCUUGAAUUCCUUUAGCAAAUGAGUUAUCUUUUUGUUCGUUAAAUAUUCCCAUUUUAUUUAUUAGUUUAGACUACUAGUAAAGUUUUUAGCAAUACGUUUUUUAGGCUUAUCAAUGUACAAAAAUGUAAAUGGUUUUUUUGUUGCUGUUCUAUAUGUUUCUUUAUCAACUCCUAAUUCUGAUGAUAUACGAUUUGCUUCCCUCGAUGAUGGAAAUUCGUACAGACAGUAGUGAGAACAAUUUAAUCUAAUAUCCUUUGGAGUUUUGUAAAAUGAUUGACUUAGGUAUAUUACAGAGCAAUUCUUAUGACGUCCUUGGAUAAAAUAAUCAAUAAGUUCUCUUUGAUUUUUAUCACAAACGUAAUCAUCAAAUAUCACAAGUUUUUGAUUAUCCUCAUAUUCCAUUUCUGUCACUGGAAUUAUUUCAUCAUUACUAACAUUUAGUAUUUCAUAUCCCAUUUUAUGACUUAAUUCUCUCAUUUUUUGAAUUAACUUUUGAUACUUAUCCUGUUCUAGAUUACGUGCGUAAAGAUAAAUCUCAUCAUAGUAUAGUAGUGGUUUAAUUAACAUAUGAUAAAGCAAAUUAGUUUUACCACUUCCACUGUUUCCACAGAUUAACAUUCGAAAUGUAUCUGAUGGCAUAUAAGGAAAUAACUGUUUAUAUUUUUUUUCUGGGUCAUCGACACUAUCAUAAUUUGGUAUUUCCAUUUUUAUAUAAUAGUUAUAUAUUUAUUAUAUAAAAUGGAUAUUGAAGAAUACAAAAAACUUGCAAGAAAUAAAAUUGAGGCUGAUGCUUUAACUCAGCAGGUGAGAGAUGUUAUAAAAGAAACAAAAUGGCAAAAACAAGAUAUGAGAGAGGGGUUUACAGAAACAUUUAAACCACUUAUUGAGUCUCAAGAGAGUGUUAAAAAAAGUAUUGAUGAGCAACAAAAUAAAACUUUAGAACAACUUCAAGCUAAUCAACUUGCUCUUACUCAAGGACUUAAUCAAAACAGACUUGCUAUAACACAAGGAUUAAAAAAAUUGAUUGAAGAAAAAUUUGAAGACGCUGAAGAAGGUGUAGAAGGAGCAGAAGGUGUAGAAGGAGCAGAAGGUGUAGAAGGAGCAGAAGGAGCAGAAAAAAGUACACAAACUGAUCAGAAUAAAUAUUUUGAUUUUGAUUUAAGUUAUUUUAAUAAUAAUUUACAAAAUAAAGAUAGUAUAGAAAGAUUAAAUAAUUAUGGGUAUGACAUUCUACCUCUUGAUUUUUUAACAUCAAGUGAUGAAUAUCUUUUAAAAAUGAUUGAUCAUGUUAAUAUACAAAAAAAUGAAUUAGGUAUUAAAAUAAUUAACACUUCUAUACCAUUAAAAAAUUAUCAAGGUUACGAUUUAAGACAAGCAAAAAGUGAUAAUCCGCGUAAAGAAACUAUAGAAAAAAUAAAUGAUUAUAACGUAUUAUCCACAUAUUAUAAAAAUUUAACUGAUGUUUGGAGUUACAAAAGAGAACAAAUUAAUAAAACUGGAAGAGGAAUUACUCUCUUUAACAACCCACAUCAACUUCUAGACAGACUUGAAUUACUCGGUGGAUCAAUUCUUGCUGGGAAUAAUGGUGUGAUACCUGAGUUUUCUAAAUUAGCACAUCUUCUAAACCAAAUGAAAGUAAUUACAAAAAAACAACUAAAUGAUUUAAUAAAAACUUAUAUAACAAUUAGAUAAAAAAAAAUGGAAGAACGAGCUAUUCACAUUUCUUCAAUAAAUAGGGAAAAAAGAGGAACAAGCAAACCUGGUGAUUUUACUAUUAAGUUUAAUCCAUCUUUGAAACUUGAUCCUGAAAAAAAACAUCAACUUGCUCUUGAUAGGUUGUCCAUGACUUACUCUUGGUACAACAUUAGAAGUGAUUAUAAAAAUAAUAAGAUUAAAUAUACUCACGAUGGAUCCACUUGGCAAACAAUUACUUUUACAGAUGGAAUGUAUUCAUACUCAGAUAUAAAUGAUUACAUUCAUCAGUAUAUGGAUCAAAAAUCUCACCACUCAUCAGGUUCAAGUGGAAAUAAAUCUUAUUCAAUUAAUAUAACAUUUAUACUAUCCACCUAUCGAGUGUUAGUAUCAAUUGAGGGUGAUUAUCAAUUAGAUCUGAGAGGAACAGAAUUUGGAGACCUUAUUGGAUUUGAAAAAAAACUUAUUACAAAAACAGAGUAUGGAACAAAAUUACCAAAUAUAACAAAUUCUAUUGAUGUGUUAAAUAUUAACACGACCGCAAUAACUAAUAGUAUUGUAAAUGGAAUAAAUACAAAUACCAUUGCUGUGGUACCAACUGAUAAUUUAACAAGAUCUUUUCCAUUUACUUUCGAGCCUAAAAGACCUUUGUACUGUGAUAUAUCUUCAUUUAACAUUGAUGAAAUGAGAAUCUAUGUUACAGACUCACUUGGAAGACCAGUAAAUUUUAAUGGUAUAGAUUGGUAUAUGACUUUACUACUCCACUCGAUGUAAUAAUUCAUAUUUAUAUAACUAUUAAAAUAAAAUGAUGCGACAAUCAGAGUUUAAAAUGAAACUUGACCCUGAAUUGGGUAAAUAUAAAAGACAACAUAUUUAUGGAGAAGGAAUGAUGGAUGGGUUUAAAUCGUUUGGAAAAAAAAUAUUUGGAAAGACAAUGAAAAAAGCUGCUAAAAAGAGUGGUGAAAAAGUACUAACAAUGGCUGCAACAAAAACUGGUGAACAUGCUGGCAAAAAGGCUGGUGAUAAAAUAGUGCAAAUGUUGUCUAAAGAAAAGGCUGCACCCCCUGCUAAAAAAGUUACUUUUAAUAAAAAUGUUGAGAAAAUACCAAAUGGGGGAAGCCCCGCUGCAAACACUCAACAAGAGGUAAAUGAUAGAGUUCUUGCAAUUCUUAGUGGAGGUUCAACACGUAAGAGAAAAUUAUAUAAUUAUUAAAAUAAAAUGAAGUCUUUUAGAAAUCCAAAAUAUUUAGAAAGAUAUGAAGAUGUUGUUUUUGACCUUGAACAGGCUUUAGCAACACCUGCAAAUAAUGCUAAUCAAACUAAAACAGGUCAUAGAUUUGUUGCUGAUAACACAGGAGAAGCUACUCCUUUUGACUGGUAUAACGCGCGAUUUUCAGUAGAUUUCAAAGUUAAUCAACUAGCCGCUGGAGCUAAUAUAGAUGCAGAUGGAGAUCAAAUGGGAAUAGUAAAUGGAAGUAGUUCUUUCAUAAAAAAGUUAUCCAUCCUUGCAAAUGGUAGAGAUGUUUACAGUUGCAACUAUGCUAAUCAUGUAGUAAAUAUUAAGAAUUUGCUUGAGUAUAAUCCAUCUUAUGUUGAUAGUGUUGCAACAAAUGAAUUUUACUAUCUUGAUACAUCAAGACAUGCUGAAAGACAAAAAUUUACAUCAAGGAGAGUAACUCACAGGCAAAAUGCUGCUGGAAACGCUGAUGAAGCUGGUAAUAUGUUAGAUGCAGUAGUAGCUAAUUAUAACAAAGGUUUUUCAUUAAGAAAAGCACUAUUAGGCGACUCAGCAACAGUACGAUGUGAAAUUCCUCUUAACAGAUAUUCUUUCUUUGAAUCAUUAGAGGACAAACUUCUUCCAAAUACAAAAAUUGAGUUGAAUAUAGAACUAGAAUCGGAUAACAAUCUUAUCUGGAGAAAUGGAGGUAACGCUUGUAGAGUUAUACUAACAAGAUUUCAACUAUUUGUUCCAAGAAUGACAUUUAACUCAGAAGGACAAAAAUUAUAUAUGGAAAAUUAUCUUAAGCCCUACAAAUGGGUUUAUCUUAAUGAAGUAGUAGAACGAUCAAAUAACUCUCAACAGCAAACAGGUCAUUUUAGAAUUACAAAUGCAAUCUCAAAACCUCGUCAUGUAUUUGUUUUUGGAAUUAACACAGCCAAUAUUAAUUCACAAACAGCAAAUCCAUUUUUAUAUAAUACUUUUAAUCUACCAAAUACUGCUAAUAUAUCUCGCUGUUAUCUCGAGGUUGGAAAUGGAAAUGAGUACCCUGAAAUUCAUUUUAAACCAGCUACAGUUCCAGAAAGAGUUUUCAGAGAAGUAAUGGGAUAUGUUUACGCAAAUAACGACUUUCAAGGUGGAACACUACUUAAUAGAACAAAUUUUGGGUCUUUGUUCCCGUUUGUUUACUUUGACCUGACAAAACAAAAAAUGGAUAUAAAAGAUGGAGUUACAAAAUUAGCAUUUCACUACGAAUUAUCUGCUAAUCCAAACGCUGAUUAUAAUUUAUACGCAUUGGUCUUACAUGAAAGAGAGGCAGAAAUAGAACAACAAGGAGGAAAACUAUUGUUAAGAGCAUAACCCCUCCCUUAGCUACACCACAUAUGAUUACACAGAAUUUUACACAAGCUGUUAUAAUUACACAGAAUUUUCUACAAGCUGUUAUGAUUACACAAAAUUAAAUACAAGCGUUAUCAAAUGAUGUGUAAACAUUUGAUUGGAUAAAAAAAUCAUACGAUAGUAUAUUACAGCAGGUACAUAAAACCACCAAAACAUAAUAAUAUAAAUAUUAUAAUAAAAAUGACAUCUUAUAUUAAAUACGGAGUAAAACUUACAGAUGGACAAAAGUCAAAAUUGGCUUCUGCAAUAUUAAAUAAAUCACCACUAACUCUUCGGUUAAAACAUGGACAUCUUCGAGGUUCUGAUGAGUUAAUGCUAACAAAAAGACAAAUUUCUAAAAUAAAAAAAUCUAUUGCAAAUGGUACAGGAUCUGAUAUAAAGAUAAGUAAAACACAGAUUAGACGUUCUGUAAAACAUGGAGGAAACUUAUUUUCAUCACUCGCAUCUCUUGGAGCAAAAGUAUUACCUUACGCAAUAAAAGGAGUAUCAAAAGUUGUUCCUGCAUUGGCUACUGGUGCUGCCACUGCACUUGGAGAAAUUGGAUUAAAUAAAAUUUUUGGAAAAGGAAUAACAAUCCCCCAUAAAUUUUUCCCAAUGCUACCACCUAUUGUAAGAGAAUUUACACAAUCACAAAUAAAUCAAAUUAACAAAGCACAUCAAACAGGUGGACGAUUAAUUAUUAAACCAACUCGUAAACAAAUAGAAGGAGGAUUUCUUGGAACUCUUGCAUCUAUUGGUAUACCAAUGGCAAUUAGUUUAGUAUCAAAAAUGUUUGGUGGGGGACUACAAGUUGAUAGACGUGGAACAUCUAAUACAGCAAAUGUUUACGUUCCGUCUCCUCCUCCAUCAACACAUGGAGAAGGUUAUCCUUAUCACUCACCACCCUUUAUCGGUACAUGGGGAAACCCAAUUGGAAUGGGAGUUAAAAAAAAAAAGACCAAAUCCAAGGGUUCAGGACUACUACUAGGAAAAAACAGCCCAUUCAACUCAAUUCCCAUUCUCGGCUCCAUUUUGUAAUUAAACCUUUAUCCAACUUUGACCUCAUGGAAUGGAUAAAAAGACUUGGUAUUAAACAUUUCAGAGGAAUAUAUAGUCGUGAUGUACUACCAAAAAAGAUUAGAAAAGAAUGUGGAAUAAUUAAUCUAGAUGAUAUUACAGGUCCUGGAACACAUUGGGUUUGUUAUAGAAAUAUAGACAAUUUAGUUGAGUAUUUUGAUCCAUUUGGACUAAUAAUGCCAAAUGAAGCAUUAAGAUAUUUUAAUACUUCUGGAAAACAAAUAGUUUACUCAAUGGAUGAAAUACAAAAUCGUAAUACUGUACUUUGCGGAUAUUGGUGUUUAUAUUAUCUGUUAGAGAGACAGAGGGGUAAUAGUAUUCUAGAUGUAAUACAUAAUCCUCAUUUUGAUGAUGACAAUAGUGAUUUUAUAAAAGCAUACUUUGGAGGAUAAAUAUAGUUUAAACACAUAAAUAUGAAAAUAAAAUGGAUAAAACAUCAGGAUAUAUAUACAUAGCAGAAGAUAAAUAUGGAGUAUACUAUGUAGGUAGAUCACCAAUACCUGCUCAACAAAGAAUAAAGGAAUUAAACCAUCCAAUGAAAGGAAGAGAACCAAAAAUAAUUCAGCAAGAGCCUUAUUACAAUUUAACUCACGAAGAAAUAAACAAUCAAAAAAAAAAACUUAUAAAACAACUAAAAAAAGAAAAUAAAAAAAUUUUAAACAAUUUAUAUUUAUUAUCCCAAUCUCCAUUUAGAAAAGUUAAAAUUUAUACAUAUCACUUUCCUGAUGGUAAAGUAUAUAUUGGAUACACAAGUAGAAGUUUACAUGAACGACAUCAAGAUCAUAAAAGAUGUACGAUAAGUCCAGUCUAUAAGCGUUUAAAAACCAAUGAAGAAGUAAUUCCAAAAUAUGAAGAAACUGUUGAAGUAGAUAUAGAUAGUGAUGAAAUAUAUAAAAUACAAAGAAAAAUCCUAGAUAAAUAUACUACUGAUACUAAUCAGAUACUUAAUCCAAAUUUAUAUCUUUUUGGUUAUUAAUAUAAUAUUUAUUAAAAUAUUAUAUUUAAACUUCUUUUUUUUCUAACUGAUUAAUAUAAUAUAUUAUAUCUUUUAAUCUUUGAUAUUUAAUUCUAAGAUUUUCAUAAUCUUUAUCUUUCAUUUCUCUUGAAAUAUUAUAUAAAAAAGAAGAAUCAUCAAUAUGUUUACCCUCUAACGAAAUAAUACAUUUUUCAAAAAGUUUUUUUCUAAUUUCAUCCUUUUCACUGAUUAAUGUUUCAUUUAUUUUAAAUAAUUUAGCUAAACUUUCUUCCAUUUUAUCUUAUUUAUUUUAUUUUUAACCCAUUUUUAUUCACUAUCAACUGGUGUAUUCUUUAGUAGUUUAACCUUUGAAACUUUUGUGUUUAAAUCUCUAACACUAUCAACUAUUUCAACAAAAUUUAAGUAAAUGUCAAUAAGACGAUAAAGUUUCUUCUUUUUAUCACUAUUUAAACUCAGCCAUGAAUAUUCCUCAUUUCUAAUUUUUUUCCACAUUUCACAUUCAAUAACCAUUAGCACUCUUGAAAGAUUAUCAUUUUUCUUUCUAAGACUCUCCAUCUCAUUAUAUAUUUUUGUUCUCACUUCUUUUUCAAAAUCCUUGAUUGUUUUAACAUCAAUAUUUUUCUCAAUCUCAGAAAAAAAUUUAGCCUCCAUUUAUUAUAUAAAUAGAUAAUUACCUUUUACAACUUUGUUAAGAGUAUUUGAUUUCUCACUUAUUUCCAUAAGCAACUCAAAUAUCUUUAUAAAUUUAUUAUCAUUUUCCAAUCUAGAAUGAUCAGCGUAUUCAUAACUCAUAUUAAGGUUAUUAUAUAUCUUUUCAAGCUCACUUUUAAGAAAAUUAGAUCUAGUAGUCAUAUUUUUAUCUAAGCAUAUAUUAAAUGAAAGAAUCAUAUUGCAUUAAAGAUAAAAGAGUAACUCCUUGCACAGAACCAAGUGGUUACCAAAAAGAUAAAAGAGGAAGAACUCAAUUCUUCUGUCAUUGUGCAGUUUGUGGAAUUAAAAAAGUUAGAUACGUAAAAACUGGAACAGCUUCUCAAACUGGAAGUGGAAAAAGAAAAACUAAAAAAAAGUCAAAAAACUAAUCAGCCCGUCUGAAGGGGCGGGCGUCUUUGAUACUGUUGUUGGUACAGCAGUUGAUGGAUUUGUACAUUACGGUUUACCUUGGAUGGGAAAAAAAGCAGUUGAAAUGGGUAAAUAUGGAGCAAGUGAGUUAAUGAGAAAUAAAAACGUUCAAAAGAAAGCUGUAAACUACGGAAUAAAUAAACUUACUCCAUUUAUUCAAGAUUCUGUUGGAACAGCAAUGGAUCAACUGUCAACAAAAGUUAGACCGAAUAAAAAGUAUAAAACUGAUCGACUAGAAUUAGACGGUAGAUCUGGAAAAGGAUUUGAUGUUCACAAAUUGAUUGGAAAACUUCCAAAACCAAAAGCAGGAUGGACUCCUGGAAAAUAUAAGUAUAUGGGACCAUACAAUCCUCUAGAAAAACAAUUAAGCUAUGAUCGUGAAACUGGAAAAGUGACAGAUUGGAAAGUUAAACCUUAUAACAAAGUUGAUGAAAUAGCAGCUUAUCACGAUAUUUGUUACGACAUGGGUAGAAGCAAAGGUGAUUGUGAUAAAGAGAUGGUAAAAUCAUUAGACGACUUACCAUAUGGUGAAAUGCCAAAGUGGGGUUCAACUGCUAGAUUCUUGAUUAAUACAAAACAAAAACUUGGUCUUGGUUUAAACGCGAGACGGCGUUGAGUAGUGAUUGGUCUCAACAAUUAGCCGACGAACUUCACAAACCAAUCACACGAAACUUUCAAAAGAGAUCAGUAGUUUCAAACGGAAUUGAUGAUAUCUGGGCUGCUGAUUUAGUUGAAAUGCAAAAGUUUAGUAAGUGGAAUAAAGGGAUUAAAUAUUUGUUAAUGGUUAUUGAUGUGUUUAGUAAGUAUGGAUGGAUUAGAGCUUUGAAAGAUAAAAAAACUGAAUCUGUAAGUAAAGCAUUUGAGAAUAUAUUCAAAAGUAAACGUAAACCUCAAAUGUUAUGGACUGAUAAAGGUUCUGAGUUUAUAAGUAAACAUUUCAAAGAUUUUUUGAAAAGUAAAGGAAUUAAACUGUAUCACACUGAAAACGAGGAAAAAUCUAGUGUUGUUGAGAGAUGGAAUAAAACAAUGAAAAACAGAAUGUGGAAGAUGUUUACUGUGAAUAAUAACACUGUUUACUGGGAUAAGAUAGAUAAACUAGUUGAUGAUUGCAAUAAUACGAGACAUUCUAGUAUAAAAAUGACUCCUAUUGAAGCAAGUAAAAAAAAGAAUGAGCGUAAAGUUUGGUCUAAUUUGUACGGUGAUUUGAUUUACUUGAAACCUGGUAAACCAAAGUUUGCAAUUGGUGAUCAUGUUAGAAUUUCAAAAUAUAAGAGGCAAGUAUUUGAUAAAGGAUACACACCAAACUGGACAGAGGAGAUAUUUGUAAUUGAUAAAGUUCUUCCAACAAAACCUGUUACGUAUAACAUUGUUGAUUUGAUGGGUGAAGAGAUUAAAGGUUCUUUUUACGAGCAAGAAUUACAAAAAGCAAAACAACAAACAUAUAGAAUAGAAAAGAUUAUCAGACGAGAUAAUAAGAAAAAAAUGGCAUUAGUAAAAUGGAGUGGAUAUCCUGAUAAAUUUAACUCAUGGGUAAGUUUAAAAGAUUUGGUUGAUUUUUAAUACAAAAUAAUGUUGUAUUAAAAAUAAAAUCUUAUUAUUACUCUUCAUCACUAAAUUUUUCAAGUAAUGCUUCAAGACCAUCUUUUGUAUAAUCACCCUCACUAUCACUCUCUUCCUCUUCAAUUGCUAGUAAAGACUCUCUAGGUUUGAGUGGUUUAACAUAACACUCAUGUACUUUUAUUUGUAAAGAUGUUACAGUUUUACUUAUGAAUAUUCCUUCAAUUAUGAGAGCCAAUUUAACAUUACAGUAUUGAUUAAGAUAUUUAAAAGGGUUUAAAUCGCGACCACCCUUUCCCUUAAACAAAGAUAAAAUUUUUUUUGUUUUUUCUGAAUAAAUAAGUUUUGCGUAGAGAACUGGAGCUGAUGAUUCAUCUUUUUUUGUUUUCUUUUUUCCUUUAUUGUCUGUGUAUUCUAUUUGUUUAUGGUAAAGUGGUGAAGAUAAACUUGAUGCCAUAUCAGGACCAUAUUCAUUUUCUAAAUAUUGUUGUGAUGCAGUUGUUAUAUUAUUAAUAACAUCAAAAAAUUCUUUUUCUUUAGUACUCGGUUCACUAUCCUUAGACCAAAGACAUACUGGUAAUGAGUAACCUACUAACUUUUUUGUAUCUUGGUUUUUCUUUUCAUUUACUCCAAAAGAGAAAAGAACUGGAGUUUCUAUUACAAGUGGACCUUUUUUCUUAUUUGGAUAUUUGAUUUCAAUUGGAAUACGUUUAUAUUUGAUUUUGCUAUCUUUUACUUUGUACUCUUUGCUAUCAUUAAAGAUAAUAUUGUCUUGGGUAAUAUUUUCGUAACUUGUCAACUGCAUUUUAUUAAAUAUUUAGUUAAUCCUUAAGCCAUAAAUCAUUUUUUUUGGCUACCUAUACCCCAAAGAAGCCUUGUUGACCAGAAGUUACUCGAUUCUGGAUUAGUAUAAGUUAAUUCCCCCUGUUUAUUUUUAAUCUUCAUAGCACGAGACAGAUAUUUAUCUCUUCUCUCUUUAUCCUUGUGAAUAGUAAAGUCUGGAUAUUUAGGUGACCCAAAGUGAACUUUCUUUCCACCUGGAAGUGUAGCCAUGUAUUUACUAUUUUUACGUGUUGAAUAAUCAAGUGAUUCAGCACCGAGUUUUUUAGCAUUUUUGGUUAAUCUCUUAAAAUCUUGUCCUUCAAGAAUGUAUCUUUGUGGUGGAAUGUAAUCUGGAUCCUUAUCAUGUUGAUAACCAUCAUCAACUAUAAAAUCCAAAUCCUCUUUAGUAGGAGUAGUAUCUCUCGAUCUUGGUUCCAUUUUAUUAGUUGGUUAUAUUAAUCCUAAUUCUUUUUAUAAAAACUUGUAACAUAAAAAUGUUAUAAGUUUAGAAAUCAUCAUCACUAUCACAAUAUUCUAUUACAUUAAUCUUAUCAAAAAAACAACAACCAACUUUGUAAUCAGUAACAAGUCUUGUGCCUUCGUAACAUAAUAAAUCUGUUGCAUUUUUAAACAAUCCAUCCAUUUCUUCCCUUGCAUCAUAAUAAAUUUCUUCUACAUUUAUUGUUUUAACAUUAUUAAAAACUUCAUUUAAAUCAAUUAUACCAUCUUUCACUGAUUUAACUAUUUGAGUGAUAUUUUUAUCAAUAUUUUUAAAUAUUAAAUAAUCUUCUUCACUAUCAAAUAUUAAUCCUCCAACUUUGAACGGAUUACAAUUAUUUGAUUGAGUUGUUUCUAUGUUUUUCGAUUUAAAACCCAUUGAUAUUUUAUUAUAUUUUUUUCUUUAAUUCAAUUUUAUUUUUCUGCUUCAAUAUCACUAUCACUACUUUAUUAUACAGUAGUUAGUAAAUGUUGACAUCCUACUCACUCACUUUUAUUUCUAGAUCUUCGAGCAAUGUGAGCGACUACUUGAGAACGAAUGGAACAAUACGAAUGAGUUAAACGAACUGAAUGAACUGAAUGAAAAUUGAAUGAAGUGAGAUUAACGAAUGAGUUUUGUGAAAUGAGUGAACAAGAGAGCGAUGUUGCGAGAUGAGGUAGAAAUAAAAGUGAGUGAGUAGGAUGGCAACAUUUACUAACUACUCACAUCGUGCACAAGGCUUCCAUUUCUUAUUGGUAAAGUGUGUUCACAAGUGUUGCGUAGCCCAUACUUGGAGGCGAACUUCGGCCUCUUUGAACUACGAACGUCUCCAUGGUCACCAAGUAAAGUUGAUGUAGGUACAUUUUACCACUUCACACUCAAAGUAGGUUCCAAGUACUCUUACCUUAUACCUGAAGAUCUAGUGUGAAGCCAAUAAUUGUCUUCUUUCAUGAUCAGUUUCAACUUCCACUGGGAUAAUGAGCUCUUCAGCGAAUCCAAGCUGGUCUAGUGAGACUGUUCUUAAUUCAGGUGCCUCUAUCAUCAGCCAGAUAACGGGAAGUACCAAGACAGAAAACAGUAAGUUUUUUUUUUACGUAGACUACAUAGUUACUGUCAAACUAAAAAAAAACCGUGAACGCCUAAAAAUUUCAGGAAUAUUGAUUGUGUACUGGCCAAUCGCAAUAAAGUUCAGGACACGCGAGCAAACCUCGAAAACGCAAACUAAGUUAUCUCGCGCCUUAUUGGUUUAUUUCUCGCAACACAAUAACAUUUCAUUAAUAUUUCUGGUGUUCACGGUUGUGUGAGUUUCACAGUAAUAUUCACAUUCUUUAAAUUGUUGAUCAAUAUUUGAAAAACACGCAUUAAUAAAAUGUAUUUGGAAGCAAUACCAGAGAAAAUGAUAAUUGAUGACAUAAUAGACCAUUUUAAUUGAAUAAUUUUGUAAAGAAGAAUGAUUAGAUGGGAUUAUUGCUAACCUUACGCGUAUCACAUGCUCAUUACCAAAAGCCACAAACAAUUCAAAAUUGAAAUUAGCGCGAAAAAAUUUCUGCUUGAUUGCAUCCUGUAACUUCUAUACCUUUUAUAAUUUUCCGAAAUUGUAUUUAAGUCCUUAGGAAAUAAGGAGAAAUCUUUAUUUUCAAUGCUAUGUUUGGCAUAAAAAAUAAGAAGCUGGCACAUUCUUUAGUUUUAAUUUGUUUAACUUUCAAUCCACUUCAUGCCCAGCGACCAAAAGCUUGAGUGGUGUGUCAGGUCAAAGUAUAUACAACACUCACUUAUUGUUCAAAACACUCAAAUCUAUCAAAUCAGGAGGUAUAAGCGUCCGUUAGAGUUUGUUCCAUGUUGUGAUGGGAAACUGUGUUUGUAAACGGGGCAGAUAGUAUUGAAGAGGGAAGAUCUUUAGUGUUGGCGGGGAUAAACGAAGCCUGUGGUCCUUUACCUCUCCAAAAAGAAGGAAGCGUAGGGCAGAUAAAAAAACAUAACAAAAACAUAACGACAGAAUGACAAAAGAUCAGUUCUUAAUUCAUACCGUUAUUUCCAAGUCGUUAUGUGAACAAGUUCACACUACAAACACAACGACAUAACCACCUUCUUAUGCCGUUAUGCCGCAAGUGUGAACCAGUCUAUAGAGCCCAUAACUGAAUAUUUUAUUUGUUCUCUUCACAGAUACAUUCUUUGUGGAAUUCAAAACGGAAGCUUCAAGAUGGAAUGAUGAUUUAACCAAAGAAUAUCAUGAUACAUAUAUCAAGACCGCUAAUAUGAUUGUUGAAAUAGUAAGUGGCGAAAAUUUUUCCUGUCAAAAUGGGUACAGAAAAACCCACGAGUAAGAACCUACAUUUUCUAGAGUUAGCCUAAAGAGAUUCUUAUUUAAAUGGUAGUUAACACAAUUUUAGGCUAUUUAGGUUCUUAAGUAGGUUCUUAUUUCUGUAAAAAAAAAAACAAAACAAAACAAGCUACAAAAACAAGAUGGCAAUCAGCCUAUUUUUCAAUUUCAAAAUGCGAUACAACAAUAUUAACCUCUUGCACUUUAUUUUUUACUACAUCAAUAAAUUGGCACUUUUAUCUGCACAGCAAUGCCAAGCUCCUAAUUCUCCAAACAGGAUUCUUGCACAAUUUUUUAUGUGCAUUUCACUAAUAUGAUUUUUCAUUUUCUAGGCUAAACAGGUUCUUCUUCAUAGGGGGUAUAAAUGGCAAAUUUUAAUUCUCAGGUUCUUACUCGCGGGCUUUUACGGUAUUUCAUCUUCUUGGUGUUGUCAGUCCUUGUCUUCUUCUCAUUUCGUGCAGUAAUUCUUUGUUCUACGUCUUGGAAAAGUCUUAUUUCUAGCCUUUUUUUUCUAGUAGGCCCUCACUACGAUGACAACCACAAGCAAAUCUUUUAUUAUUUUUAAUAUUCUGUGAUCUUUCUGUUUGACCUAAUUUCCAGUAGGUCUCGAAAAUUUAUAAAUAAUUCUCGGCGAUUUUAAAAAGUUUCAGUUUUGAGAGAAGGUCCUUUUAUGAAUGAAGUAAAAAAAAAAAAGGAAAGAAAUGACGUCUGAGAGUCCACACGAGUGGCCUUUACACGUAUAGUUCCGCUUCGGUUUUGCCCUGUACACAUGGUAAUCGUUUCUGCUAAGGAUAUGAAAUUAUCUUUUUAUAAUAAUUAAGGUUUUUUUAGUAAUAUCAACCAAUGAACAUUUGUGUAAGGUUUUAAACUGAAGUCUUAAUACCGUAACGGUAAAUACAAAAAUUUGAAAUGUAAAUUGAGUUUCUUGUCAAAGCUAACACGCGGUAAAACGUUAUCUUGAUCCACCCUUCUCGUCUCGCAGUCUCCUCCUACGCUUCAUGAGGAGGAGAUCGUUCAAGCAAUUAUUGCAGGUGGGCGGCCGUUGAAAUAUCUUAAUACUGUCCCUCUCUUCCUCUGAAAUCAAUGUUUAUUGUAACAAGGACUUUUUUUACGCUCUGGUCUAUCUGAGAAUCCUCGAGGACUUGCUUGCGAACAAAUGGAACUCUUUGAUUUUAAAGAAAAUCGUUGAACGUCGUCUGACGGAUUGAGUCCUAAACAAAAGGCAAGCUGACACUGUCACAUUCUUACUCCGUCAGAGACUGUUUCGUCACCGUUUCAGACAAUUUCCGUUUUCAUCUCUCCUCACGAGUACUGACCGGAAAAGGGGAAUUGUUUUGAGACUUUGGCUUUUCGGGGACCCUUUUUUAUCAAGAUACAUGUGGACGGAAAGUUAUAGCCAGUUUCCGAUUCAUGAGGACAUGAAUUAACAUUGUCAUACUUUACUGUAUCCGUGAAUUACUUCAUGAAUGAACGUUAUAGAACUGCACGGGUCCCACUCAGCUAAAAAAAUAUGACUGAAAGUCUUUUUCUUUAGUAAGCCGGGGCCAGAAUCAAUUAAUAAACUUUCCUUUUUUAGGUAGACGAGCUUCAUUCAAAUAUGUCUGCGUAUGAAGGUAGUUUUGUCAUUGGUUUUAGGUAAGCGUGUUUUUAAUUCCUUGUUUGUCGUUAAGGCUAAAACGUUAACCCAACUUGUCAAGUACCAGUCCUCAGUGUCAUUUUAACGUUAUUUUUAAAACAGGGAAGGUGUGUAUGUUUCGCUAAAGCUGCAGUUUAAGGGAGGAGACACCAAUAACCUCGAUGUUUUCAUCGACUUUUUACGUGCUGGUGGAGGGCGCUCACUGCGGACAGACAAAGUUUAUCUGAAGCUUGGAAAGACAGGUAAAUGUAUUCAUAAGACCGUAAAUUGUUACUCUUGACGAAGUGAAGACAAAUUUUACAACUUUGUUUUUAUUACCAUAGAAGACAGUCUAGUUGCCCAAAGAGGAACAGUAAGGGUAAAAUGAAUUUGAAGCGUUAUAUAUUUAGGAGUAUCAAAAAGCGCCAGAAACAAAGCUUUUGAGAAAAUUACCUGUGUCCUUGUCUAUAUAAAAGACCUAAGCUUGUGUAAUGUAAUGAAAAGGGUUCUCCUUUGUUGUUCAGGUGUAUGUCAGACAAACGAGUUGUUCUGUCAUGUUCAAUCCAUUUCUUCCGUUUUUUCGUUCUCUUCGUUUCCUCCCUUCUUAUCAACAACCUUCUUAAAUUUUGCGACUUCAAGAAAUUGCGCUUUCAAGAAAUUUUUAAAUAUCUCUUUUUACCUUUCCUACCAUUGUUUACUCAAGAAUAUACCACAAAAAUAUCAACAAUGCCAAUAAAGCAAAUAAUAAAUAAUGAAAAGGUGAAUUCCUGCAGUUUUUAUUCAGGAAACUUCUUCACAUUGCUUCGUAAACUGUGCUUAAUAACCCCAGCCCAGCUUGUGAGCGAGUGUUACGACGGCCCUUCCAUCGUAAAAUCAGUUGCAAAAUACCGGCGACAUAGCCUUAAAAGAAGUUUAGUCGCGUUUUAAAAUACAUUGGUCAUGAGGCAGCCAAUGCGACAAGUCAUUCGGCUGAGCACAGAAUUUUUCCAAACUUUGAUUCAGGAACGGCAUAAAAAAGAGUGCACUUUAACGGUUGAAUACACCUGCAAGCAAGGUUUACAUAAAGAAAACUGGCUCCUAGCCGCCUACGUUGAAAGCUGAAUACUAGAGAUUUUCUUGCUUAAACCUUCUCUUGUACCACCCAAAUAAUUGAAAGUUUACCUGAAAUUGUAGACUAACAUUAUAUACCAACCCUCAAAAGGCAAUUAUAAUGUUUUAUACCCGACUUGAAACCAUAUUUAACCAUCCGACGUACAAGCCCCCCCCCCCCCCCCUCCCGAAGGUUUUUCUGAGGCAAUAAAAACAUCAACACCUGACGUUUUCAGCGGCUGUUGGUUUAUCCUUUGCACGCAUUUCAAGACAAGUUUAGUGAUGAUCAGUUAUUAUGGUUACAAGAUAUAACGUCAUAAGGAGCGGGUGGUAAAGCCAUUUUUGAGUGAAAAUUCUUUUUUUCAACUUCAUUCAGCGACAAAAGUAAGCCUUGAGGAUAAAAGGAAGCAACGUGCUUAUCAUUUAUGUGUUAUUUUACCUGUCAAGCACAGCAAAUUACCAAUUCUCGCCAUUUUUACCCGAUUUCUAAUUCUUGGUAAAAUCCAAGAUGGCGACCACGUUUGGUGACGUCACAGGCUCCAGCAGUGCCAACACCCAUAAAAUAUACCUCAUUUUGUCUAAAAGAUCAAAGGCUUUCCACUGAAGGAAAAAUCUUUUCAAGGUACUGCAACAAGUAAAAAAAACUUGACGGAGGGUUUCCAAUCCCCCCACCCCCCUUGUGCCACGGUGGGUGUGCGUCCGAGGGUUGAACCAGGGAAAAUAACAAUCUAUUCAAAUUUAUCUGGGUUUUCCUCUCCUCAAAACAACAAAGUGAGAUCGGAAACAUUUGUGACGUCCCCCAACCAUAGGAAAAAUGCCUGACCAUAUUCUAGAAAAAGAUGCUACACUGGCGCUCGCUGGGCGAGUUAUGUUGCUGGCCUAUUGCUCCUUAUGUCUAUUAUUAUACCAACUGACGAUGUUCUUUAUUCACUUAUAGCUGACUGUGUUAUAGCUUAUAUUAACACGAAACUAUGUGACUGCAUGUCGAUGACUUAUAAACGCCAAAUUACAUGCCGUCAGCCAGAGAUAUAUGGUGGCAAGGACUGUCCAGAAGAGUGCGACUCUGGGCAUGUAAUUGCAGGCUCAAUCUCUUGUUCAUGGGACGACUUAGAUGCUAUGAAGUGUAAUGCUGAAAGAGUAAAGCCUUUAAGCAUAAUGACAGCGAUUAUACUCAUCUACACGACAUGUCUGUUAGAAGGUCGUUUGACAUAAUCACUCGUUUUCCCUUUUCUUGGUAAAGGUCCUUCACCAGAAAAUAUGUUCCUACGCAAUAAAAGUUCUUGUAAAAUGGCAAAGCAUGCUUUUCUUUGAAGGUACA